AUGUCCGGCCCUGCAGCCCGAACUAGGUCUCAGGUUACUUCACAAGGCCAGGCGGACAUACAGGUGUCUUUACCGCAAGAGAAACAGAAUGAUAACAAACAACCGAUACAGGUCAACAACAAUACUACUGUUCUUACAACCAACGAUAUGAUAGACCGCUCUCAUGAUGCUGCAGCGGGCUCACAUAAAGAUAAACGGAAAAAUAAUAAUAAACAAGGCUUCUCGGUGGAACAGGCUCUUUUGGGUCCUUCAUCUUCACCUUCUUUAACUUCUAAUAUUGCUCUUGAAAGUCAACAAACAAAGGCGGACCAAUCAGAAAAUCCUUCACAACAACAAACAAAGGUUACCCAAUCAAAUGUUUCAGCACAACAACAAAUAAACAAACCCCCUGAAACGUCACAACCAAAUAUGGCGUCAACAACUGAGGGACCGGAAAUCACUGACAUCAGUAUGCAGGAUGCUGAUCAUGACUCACAAGGUUCUACUGAAGAGGAAAUUUUGUAUUACGCAAAAAAACAACAAACAUUCUCACUUUUCAUUGGUGUAAAGUUAUCUGAUAAAGUUAAUACUUCAUUUGCUACUAACUUUUUAAAAAAUACAAGGGAUUUUUUGAUAUCAGACUCAAAUUUAGGCCCAGGAAUUUCUCAAGUAUCAAAAAUUAUACCCGAUUUUAAUAAAGUUGCCCCAGGAGAAGGGUCACGUGACAAUAAUAAUGAAGCCAAUCAAGAUAAACCAAUCAAAAAGAAAAAAGAUAUUAUUGGAUAUCAUUUGAUUAUUAACGUUACCACAAAAGAAAUAUAUGAAAGCAUUAUGGCAGUAGACUUCUCCUGUGCAGAAGAUACAGUUUCUUUCGCACCAUACCAAAGCAUUCGUACACAAAGAAAACAAACAAAUGAAGGAACGCGUGGUCGUACUGUUCAAAUUUAUAACGCUUCUUUAGAAAUAACAACUGCUACUCUGAAACCAUUUCUGAGAAGAUAUGGUGAAUUGGAAGAGAAUGGGGUUUAUGCAACUAGACGUAACCCCUAUCAGCCAAAUAAACAAAUUUUUUAUGCAACGUACAAAGAAAGUGCUAGUGCAGACACCUUUUAUGGAAAACCGAUACUAUGGGUUUACAAUGAAAUGCUUUACAUUACUCCAAUGGAAUUAAGUUUAGAUAAAAGGGAAGAAAGAAGAGCUUUCUGUGCUAAACUUAAUGGAUUACCUCCAAACGCUAAUGCUAGAGAAUAUCAAGAUUUUAUUGAAGAAUUUAACGUGCUCGAAUUCAGAAUUCCUAGGAAUACGAGAACAAAUCGGACGCAAUUAUAUGCAUACGUAUAUUUUAAAGAUGAAGAAAGUAUGCAAAGAGGGACCGAUAGGGUGAUAAUGAGGCGAAAUAAACAACAUGAAUGGUCAAUACCAGAUAUGAAAUCAUGUUUUAAUUGUGGGUAUACAUCUCAUCUUAUAAGUGACUGUGACUAUCGACCACCAAGAAAUAGACCUAUGAACAAAAAAGAUUAUUUGAACUCGGUAAGGCGAUAUCAACCAGGAUAUCGUCAAAGAGAAAAACAAGAAAAUGCUCGCCCAGGGUCAUACGCAGAUGCGAUACGUUCAAGACCAAAUGAAGCAAGGUUUGAAAAUAGAAAAUUUCAAGAAAGAUAUAGGCAAGAUAAUCCUUAUUCGAAUAAUAAAGAUCGCCCAUGGAAUAGGAAUAACUUACGAAAAAGAAAUGAUGAUAAUCAUAAUUAUGGUGAUGAUGAACAAGGGAUGCAUGAAUGGGACGAAGAAGAUGAUAGUUUUGAGGACAUACCGCGCUCUAGUAGUAGGGCUUCAGUUCUUUCUAGGCCAAGGAAUGCACACUAUGAGAAUGUUGAUAGAACACCUAGAAAUCAUAGAGAUGAUAAUGAGAUUCAGUCAAUUAAACAAGAUCUAGCUACUUUACAAGAUAUUGUAAAAACCUUGGCAAAAUCCUUAGAACAAACUACUAACCAAAUUAGUUUGUAUAUGCAAACAACAUCUAGCAAAGGCAAAGAAAAAGUUAAUGAAAUGAACAACAAUGCCAUGUUGAUUGAUCAAUCGGGUAAUACAGAUAAUAGACAACACCAAACACCUAAAAGGAGGUUGGUGUCAUUUAAUGAAAAUAAUAAACGACCACAAAGAGAAGAUUCUUCAGACUCAGACUCAAACGAUAACAGACAAAAUAAUAUGGCUCUUUUGACUGCGCAACUUCAAGAACUUCAUAAAGGCAUGGAAAAUAUUACCAGCAGUCUUACAAAUAUCAACAACAGAAUUACAACUGUAGAUAUCGCAAGACAAGUAGCGACGCUUAACAUAAGACAACUUAAUGAUAUUAAAGCUCAAAAUUUGGCAAAAUAUUUAGAUAAAAAUGAUAUAGAUAUAUUAAGUAUAACUGAAACUAGAAUUAGUAACAAGAACUUAAAAUUUAUAACGAAAAACAAAUUUAUGAAUCAUCAAGUAUUUGGAACAGUAGGUGCAAAAUUCAACGAAUCAGGGACCCUUGUAAUAGUUAAAAAAGAACUGGCAAAACAUAUUAGCAAAUUGGAAAAUUAUAAAGGUCGUAUUUUAAAAAUAGAAUUUACUUUUUCUGAUCAACAAAAAUUGGCAAUUAUAUCAGUAUACAAUAAAAGUGGAGAUAGAGGUAAAGAUUGCGUAGAAACACGAAUAGAUAUCAAUAAGGAGAUUAUGAAGAUGAUUAAAGAUAGUAAAAAGAAAAAUCAGCAAAUAAUUUUGAUGGGGGAUUUUAAUUUGCAAUAUAAAAAAUAUCUUCAACAAAAGAAUAGUAAUAGAACUAGGAUUUCAGAACAAUUGAAAAUAUUUGAUCUUUUAGAAAAAUCAGAAUUAUUUGAUACCUGUAAAGAAAUACUUAAUAUCGAUGAUUUAGCAUUAACAAAAAAUCACGUGACCCAUAUAACGAAAAAAUUAGGAUCUAGGAUCGAUUAUAUUUGGGUUACCAAAAAGAUUUUUGAUGAAAUAGUCCAAGUCCAAAUAAAAGAAUAUGACAACAAGAAUGACACAGAUCAUAAAAUUGUAUAUUUUAAAGUUGCUCGAGAUUGUGUAUUGCCAUCAAUUAUAUAUAAUAGAAAGAAGAAAAGUAAAUUCGAUAAGCGAACUAAAUAUUGUUAUGAUACAAUUGAUGAAGAAAUAAAAGAAUGUAUUAAGAUGAAAGCUGAAUAUGAACUCAACGAAAGGAAGAACAGAUCUUCAACAAUGAUAUUGACUUUACACGAAAAGAUACAACUAUAUGAAGAUGUUAUAAAUGCAACAAAGAAUUCAGAAAUCGAAAAAAAAGAGAUCUGUUUAACUAAUGAAAAAGAAGACACAAGUAUAAAGAAUUUGGAUUUAUAUCGGGCGGUUAGAUUUUUCAUCUAUUUAAGAAGAAAACUGAAAAAGAAGAAAGGAAUAGAAAAUGUUAAGCGACAUUGGAAGAAAAAUAUAAGUCACGUAAACAAGAUAUUAAAAAAUUGGGACGUUGAUGGUUUUUAUUACUUAAGAUCAUAUAAUUUUGGAAAGGUUCAAAUAAAGAAAUAUAUUACUGAAUUAGAUGAGUUAUAUAAUAUAUUUCAAACGAAACUGCAAAUUAAAGUAUCAGCUAUGAAAGAAAAUAAAAUUAAACGUGCGAUAGAACAGAGACAAAAAGAUUUAGAAGAUAAUCAGAAAAGAAUGAUAGAUAACGUUAUGGAUAGAGAAUUUAGAAAAAUCAACAUCGAUAGGGUAUUAUCAACUAAUUCAAAAGGUGAAGAUAUCUUAAUCGUAGACGAAGAUAAAAUUAAAGAAAAAGUGGCUGAUCAUUUUCAAAAUUGCGCUGGGACUAUAAGUAUUGAUAAAGAAUUACCAGAGGAUUGGAAAGAAGAAUACAAUUCUGGAACACACAUACAUAUCCCAUCAUUUGCAUAUGAUAAAGUGUUAGAAAAAAUAUCUAUAGAAGAGAUAUUAGAAGCAGCGAAAGAAUUACCUCAAGGAAAAGCUAAAAAUAAUCCACUAUACAGUAUUGACAACACGACAAGUCACGUGAUUAAGAAAUUUUAUAAAGAAAAUUUUACGAUGAGAAAUAUUCUUCUGAUGAAAGAAAACAACUUUGAUUUGGAAACAGAUGAUACAAUUAUAGAAAGAUUUAAAGUAGAAGGAGGACCUACAACUGUUAGAUCAAUAAUUUCAAAAGAUACUUAUGUUAAUAAUUUUAAAUUUUUACAAAAUAACAAUAUUCGAUAUAUAGAUCAAAUAAUCUCACUUAGUAAAAGGUAUCUCUUAACAAUCAAAGAGCUAGAGGAUAGAAAGUAUAUUAGACUAAAUUUAAAAGGAAAGCUAUCAGCAAACAUCAACAACUAUGAGCAAAUAAGAGAAGAGUUGACGAUAUCGCCACAUACAUAUAAGCUAAAGGAAUACAUAGUCAAACAAAUAGACGGUGUAGAUAAAGUAGAAAAUUUAAGAGGUGUAGAAAUAAUACCAGUAAUAGCAAAUACAAGAAAAGAUGUUCCAAUUAUAAUAGAACUCAAUACUGGAGGAAGUUUACAAGCUGUAUUUGGAAGAACUAGAAAAGUCUUACCAGGCGGUCUCUUAAUAGCAAUGCAUAUGAUACCUAUAACAACAAUAGAAGAUAAAGAUUUAAUUCUAGAAAAAUGCCAAAGAUGUAAUAUAACAACAUGGUUGGAUGUCCCAGAAGUAAUGUUUUCAAACCAAGAACGAAGUAGAAUUCCAUGUAUAAUUAUGACAGACGCUAAAAAUGCAAGCACUUUUUCAAGAAAUAAAUGGCAAAAUGGUAUUAAUCAAAAUAAUAUUCUAGGACACGAAAAGAUUAUAUUUCCAGGAAUAAGUGGACAAAUAAUUCAAGAGAAUUUUAUAUACGAUAGAAUAUUAAAACAACAACCAUAUUUAUACAAGUCGACUUAUAGUAAAAUACAUGAAAUGAUACCUAAAGAUAAAAUCUCCUUUUUAAAUAACAUACUUAGUCAAUUCUUAAAAACUGGAAAUUAUAAACCAAUGACGAAUAGAAUGCAAUUAUGUAAAAAUAGAUUAACAACUAUUAGGGGAAGAACUCUUAAAAUAUAUAUCGAUGGAUCAGUUAAAUUUAAUAAAACAGAAAAUAUAGAAGCAAUAUUUGGACUUAUGAUUUAUGAUGAAGAUAAUAAAUUAUUAGAUACAAUAAUGUCGACAGUAGAAGACUGGAUUACAGUAAAUAAAACAGAAGCUCUAGCAUUUUUAGCAGCGUUAUUAAUUAUACCCGAAAAAAAAGAAGUUACAAUUUAUACAGAUAGUCAAACGAAUUAUGAUAAUUUUAUGGCAAUUAAACAACGACCGCAUCGAAAUAACUUAAGAGAUAUAUUAAAAUUUGGAACUAGCAAUCAUAUUUGGGCUAUUAUAAAAAAUAUAAUUUUUUAUCAAAAUUUAGACGUAAAAGUGGUUAAAAUCAAAGCUCAUGCAGAAGACGCUUUACAUAAUAUUUUAGAUAAAGAAAUUAAAGAAAGAUAUGCUGAUAUACAAGGUGUUAGUAAAUUAGAAGUUAUUCCAACAUGUGCAGAAUAUAGAUAUGUAUUAAGAUGGAAUGGAACAAUUGUGGAAACAAAUAUACGAAGAUUUAUUAGAUUAGUUACACGAGUUUCUAAAGAAAAAUUAGCUCGAACAAUUGGUAUAGAAAUUUUAAAUUUUAUUUUUACAAAAAUUAAUUCAGGUGUUUGGAAAAGAAGAUGUGAAGCAAUGAAGCAAACAGAAAAAUCCUUGGGAAUUUCAAAGAUGGAUAAAAAGAAACCUGACUCUAUUUUUACGAAAGAAAAAGAAAAAGAACUGCAAUCAAAAAGAUAUUUGGGAAAUUAUCCGUUAUUUGAGGGAUUAAUUAGCGUUAAGGAGCAUAUAUUAUUUGGUAAAGAAAUCCUGGGUUUUAUGGGGUGCGGAGUUUAG